GUCACGCCCCUGGCCCCGCCCCUGACGGUAACUCUCCCUGUCACGCUCCUCCCCCGGUCCCCUCCUUCCUCGCUGCCGCCUCUCACCCCCCUCCUGUCCGGGCACGACUCGGAAGAUGGCAGCGGAUGAUCGGCACCGGUCGGACGCGGCGAAGGUGAAGCGGAAGGAACAGCUGAGCCGAUGGAUGGGAUCGGACACGGAGAGAUGUUCGGCUCCUUCCGGAACCUCCCGCCGCCGCCACACGCGAGUCCGCUUCGCUCAGGGAGCGGUGUUUAUGGCCGCUUGUUCCGCCGGGGACCGAGACGAAGUUGGACAAUUACUCACAGCCGGGGCCCCGAUCAACGGAACCAACGUGGAUGGACUGACGGCGCUGCACCAGGCCUGCAUUGAUGAGAAUUUGGAAAUGGUGCAAUUUCUGGUGGAGAAUGGAUCUAAUGUGAACCAGCCAGAUAAUGAAGGGUGGACUCCUCUCCAUGCGGCAGCUUCUUGCGGCUUCGUCAGUAUUGCGCAAUACCUGAUCGCUAAUGGGGCCAGUGUAGCGUCUGUGAAUAGUGAGGGGGAGCUGCCUCUAGAUGUGUCCCACGAGAGCGCCAUGGAGAAGCUGCUGAAAAGUGAGGUGAAAAAGCAAGGCGUGGACCCCGAUGUAGCGCGGCGGGAGGAGGAGGAGGUGAUGCUGAGAGACGUACGGCAUUGGUUAAACAGCGGCAAAGCCGAGGACAUAAGGCAUCCGACCACUGGGGCCAGCACUCUGCAUGUGGCUGCAGCCAAGGGCUACAAUGAGGUGAUAAGAUUGCUUCUGCAACUGGGCUUUGAUGUAGAUGCCCAAGACUUUGAUGGUUGGACACCUUUGCACGCAGCCUCUCACUGGGGCCAGGAAGAUGCAUGUCGCCUAUUGGUCGAGGCUCUCUGUGACAUGGAGGUCAUCAACAAAGUGGGACAGACGCCCGUUGAUGUUGCAGAUGACAGUUUAGAGUCUGUGCUGGAAGAAUUAAAGAAAAAACAGAGUGUGCUUCGUUUAGAGAAGAAGAAAUCGGCACCCCAAAUUCUGAACCAAAGCUCGCUGAACCAGAACGCAGCUAACAAGAGUCGAAGGAGUUCUAUUUGUCGUAUGAGCAGCCAGGAGAAAGUUGCACUUCAUGUCCAGGAUAAGGAGCGUCGGGCGCAGCCUACCCCACCCGUUGGACUCCCUUCUAUCCCUACCACCGGGGGAUCUGAUGCAGAGUCAGGGUCCGACACAGAGUCACAAAAAGUAAAAGCUCAGGAAAGAAUCAAUAACUUAAACAAUCAACUGAGGAAUCUUCCGGAGCCAGCAGCAAAGAAGACCAGCGUUGUGCAGGAUCAGGAGAAGUCUGACCCGGCCUCUGGUUCCUGGCGGACCUCUCUGAGGAAGACUGGGAGCACUGGCGCACUGAGUACAGGAACUGCUGCAGAGGAGGGAAGAAGGGCGGCAUUGCUAAAGUCUGCCUCUGGUUCUCAGCUAUCUGAGAGGGAGAAGGCUGGUUCUGAGCUUCGUCUGGCUCGUGUACCUCCAAACCAGAAGCUGCUAAGUAACCAGGAGAAUGCGAGAGACGCUGUGAUGGGCCGGGGGUCAUUGUUGCGGCAGCGCACUGAUGGGGAGGAGGGAAUAAGCUCCGUGCGCAGACAGUGGGGUGAACCCCCUGCUGCUAAAACUGAAAAUUCCAUCCCAAGAAGAGAACCUUUGACAACGAAAGCAGAAGCUCCCGUGCCAAAUAAAUCACCUGUAGCUCCCAAAGAGGAGAACCUGAUUUCUACACCUGAUGCACUUGGAAGGCGAACUGGGACUACUAAUGCUAUUACCACUAAUACAGAGCCAGCGGUCAACACUGAGACAAAGGAGAGGCGCAGGUCCUAUCUGACACCAGUAAGAGAUGAGGAGGCUGAGGCUCAGCGUAAGGCAAGGUCUCGUCAUGCGCGACAGUCUCGGAGGUCCACUCAGGGAGUGACUCUUACUGACCUGAAGGAGGCAGAAAAAGUUAUGAAAGGUCAGCAGGACACUAAAGAGACAACCCCAGAGCCAGCGAAGGCCCAAGAGGAAGAGAAUAACAGAGAGAGCCAAAUAAAAGCCAGGACCAGCCGUGGAGCCAGUGAGGAAGGGACGGAGGUCAGCUGGAGGGCUCGCAUUGCCAGUUUGCAAAAAUCUGACCUAUUAGGGCUAACAACUCCAGACCCAGCACCGACCCCAUCAGGAUCCUAUAGACGAACAGGAGGCCAGAGCUUAGAAAGCAAAGAGAUGCAAAAGUCCCAGGAGGACGAGAAAGAGAGUGAUGAGAAAGGUGGGAAAAAUAAUGCAGGGUUGAAGGACAGGAGAAGACCACGAGGCAAGCGGAGAUCUACUGGUGUUCCACUGACCAAUGAAGAUAGUGACGAAGAAGACUCUGAAGAUGAAGAGGAAAACGGUGAAAGCUCACAAACUCAGGUAGACGGACUUGUCUCUCGGGCAGAUAGUCGGUCGAACACAAACACUACAAUCCGUGGAGAGCCAUCUCUAGCGUCUGAGUAUCGGGAUACAAGAGAUUUUAAAAAACUUUAUGUGGAACAAAUGAGGGACAACGGACGCUUACGCUCCCAGCUGCUAAAUACCCAGAACUUGGUUAAUGAGACCAAAGCUGAGCUUGAAAGAGCCCAACAGAGACAGGAGAGAAGCGUUGAUAGAUCCUUUCUGAUUGACACAGAGAAGAAGGAAAAGGUUAUCUUGGAACGCCGGCUGUCUGAGUUGCACGACAAGUUGAAGGUUCUUGGGGACCUUAAGGCUGAUAACCAACGUCUAAAAGAUGAGAAUGGAGCGCUGAUCAGAGUCAUCAGUAAAUUGUCCAAAUAGCAAAGCUGCUACAUUGGGGAUACUUUCUCUCCCACCCGUCACCAGCAUUGGGACCGGCCAGUCGGACAUACAUAGCAUUUUUUGGAGGAUGUGGGAGAAUAGGGGAUGUAUGUAUGAAAUGUAUUUACACUCAGCCACCCCUGAAUUUGUCCAGGAAUAGUCACGUCGGAGAUUUGUUGGCACAUAAAUCUUCACCAGUUCUCUGAUCCGCUUAGUGUGGGAGCAGUGGAGCCCCCCUUGGGAAGUGUUUUCAUGGUGUUUCCAUCUGAAGAUACACAGAGCUUAUGUCUUGGACCACUUGCAACUUAACUUGGAACAUUUAGUCUACCUAUUUCCCUGUAAAUUAUAUUAUUUGUUCCAUACACUGUGAAUUUAUCGGCAGAAACCACCUCUAACAGACUAGACCCCAAAUCUUUUCAUAUGUUUUCAAAGAGGCCGACUCCAUAUUGGAUUGACAAUGUGUUUCACUCCAACCUACCUAAUGUCUGCGGAAGAACCCAAGUGCAAUGGCAGUGCAGAUAAAGAUUACUUUCUGGACAAACCAACGCUAAUAUUGCUUUAUGAUGCUGUUCAUCCCUAUUCCCCUUGGGUCCGGAGGAAUUGUCGGAGUGCAGCUUGAGUUUUGGGAAAGACGGCUGGAUUAUUUGGCGCAAUAUCAAUCAACAGGGACCUCGGAUGUGAGGGGUGGCUGAUGUGUUCUGACAAGCGGGUUCCACCCACAAUAUGUGCACAGAGAGAAAGUCACAGAAGAAACACUGAUUUGUGGGGCAAGCACUGUCUGAUUAACAGGAUUUAAACAUUGGAAAGAAUUUGUAUGCCCAUUAACCCCCCCCCCCCCAUUCCCCCUUUCCAGUUGUUUUCGCAAUGGAUCACACUUUGCUGAAAGAGGCUGCAGGGUAGGGUAGGUAUCACACUGUUGUCCAUUAUUUGAGCACAUUUUAGACACCAUAAAGAGGACGUUUUAUGUCUUCUUGACACUUAUUUUCUGGUCCCCCUGCACCUUCUGCACUGUUUUUUUUUUUUCGUUUUUUUUUUUUUUUGUUCCUAUGGGAGAGAGAUGCUAUUUAUUGUUUGGGAAAAAAAUAUUUCUCCUUAAUUGUGCACCAAUGCUACAACAUCCAGUCCUCUGUCAUGGGGGCACAUUUAAUUAGUGAAGGAAUAGAAGGAAAAAUACUUUUUUUGGCUACUUCGACCAUCGAAUUGGCUCCUUCGACUA